AAGAAGAAAACUCAGGCACUGAUUGCAUCGAUUCUGCCUCGAAAACAUUUGAGAUUCCCCAUGGCGAAAAGCUCCUUCAAGCUCGAACAUCCCUUAGAAAGGAGACAAGCUGAAGCUGCUCGCAUCAGGGAGAAAUACCCAGAUAGAAUUCCCGUGAUUGUGGAGAAAGCUGAAAGAAGUGACAUUCCUGACAUAGAUAAGAAGAAGUACCUUGUCCCUGCUGAUCUGACUGUUGGGCAGUUUGUCUAUGUUGUCCGGAAAAGAAUUAAGCUUAGUUCCGAGAAGGCUAUUUUCAUCUUUAUAAAAAACACACUACCUCCAACUGCUGCUUUGAUGUCAUCAAUCUAUGAAGAAAACAAGGAUGAAGAUGGUUUUCUUUACAUGACUUACAGUGGAGAGAACACGUUUGGGUUCUGAUUGCUUCAAAUCAAAAGUCCUCUGUAAAUAGAACUUAAUAAGCUGUAAAUUCCACUCCCAACUUAAUUCUCUUAGCAGCUCGUCUAUUUCUGGUUUACCUUAGGCCUUUUCUUUCCUUUUCCUGUUAGUGUUAUGUGCUAGUGUCAUUAAGGAUUUCAUUAACUGUUGGUUUUUGAAUUUGAUGGUGUUCUCUCUGCCUAAACAGAAAAGAAAUGUGGGUGUUUGUUUAGUGAGAACCCAUGAUUUUCGACUUCCUAUUUCCAAUGUAUGUUCUAUGCCAUGGUAACAUCAGAUAUUUCUUGCAUUUCUACUUCACGAUU